CUCCCCCUUUUCCUCCAUUAUUGGGCAUUUUGAAUCGGCCCUAUCAACCUUUUCCUCCAGUGAUGCCGGUGGCAAAGGGUGGUGGGUCCUCUAACAACGCGGAGGAUGGUCCGACGGUGAUAAUGGUCAAUGGAGUCUGGGUCGAUGAACGUUUUCCUCUAAGACCAUCCUAUAAAGAGCUUAUUAGAGGUGUCCACAAGUGUGAAGCAAAAACAGUUGAUUUCUUGCAUAAGGCGUCUGAAGUAGUAGAUGAAAUUAACUCAUGGGCUGAUGAUGCAUCGAGAGGGCUUAUCAAAGAUGUUCUCCAACCUGGAUCCCUAAGUUCAGAUACAGCAAUCGUACUAGGGAAUGGGCUAUACUUCAAAGGACUUUGGGACAGCGAUUACAAGUUUGAUGCAACCCGCACUAAAAACAGGGAUUUCUAUCUUUCCAGCGGCAAUAUUGUUUCAGUUCCGUUCAUGACUAGCCAUAAGAAAUACUAUUUUGGAUCAUUUGAUGGUUUCAAGGUCCUUCGUAUCCCAUACCAAGGCCGGAAACUCAACAAGAAUUUCUCCAUGUACUUCUUUCUCCCAAAUGAAAAGGAUGGGUUGAAAAAUCUUGUAGAAAAGUUCAAUACAUGUCCAUGGUUCUUACAGCAGAACCUUAACUUAAGGGAAGUACGGCUUGAUGAAUUUUGGAUCCCUAAAUUUAAAUUCUCGUUUCAUUUUGACGUUUCUAGUGUCAUGAAGGAUAUGGGGGAACCGUUAACUUUUCUGCAAAACCCAAAAGAUUGGUCGGACAUGAUGCAUAUUCCCGAGGACGUCCCAAUCAUGAAACCAAACAUGAUUCAGAAAGCUUAUAUUGAGGUAGACGAAAAAGGCACGGAGGCUGCAGCCAUUACUAUUAUGGUCGGGUGUGGGUGUGCGUUCAUGUCCCCGCCAAAAACUGAAAGUUUCGUUGCUGAUCAUCCUUUUAUGUUCAUGAUCAAGGAAGAGACAUCAAAUUCAGUUUUUUUCACUGGAGCAGUAGUUAAUCCCAACUCUAGUUAGUUUCUUUUAGUAGGGCAUGGUAACGUUUACUUGAGUUUCAUAAUCUUCAGUUUAUAAGUAUAGAGUUUCACGAGAUUAAAGGAAUAAAGUAGUUUAUAAUCUAGUUCUUUAUGCGAAUUUAAUUAAUUUGCUGCAAUAUUGAAAUCCUGUUAUAUAUCAGCAAUGAAAUCUAGUCCUUUUC